GCUGAAGCCAUUCAACAGACUGCAAGUAAUCUUACAACAUUUGAAGAUGUCUAAGCAUACAGAUUCGACAGCUGAAGUGUUGUUGGAAAAGAGAGGAGGUGCAGGAGUAAUAACUUUGAAUAGACCCAAGGCUCUUAAUGCACUAAAUCUUUCUAUGGUCCAACAAAUUUAUCCACAAAUUAAGAUUUGGGAACAAGAUCCUGAAACUUUUCUAAUAAUUAUAAAGGGAACUGGAGGAAAAGCUUUUUGUGCUGGGGGUGACAUCAGAGCCAUCACAGAUGCAGGAAAAGUUGGAAAUAGUCUAGCACAAGAUUUCUUCAGAGAAGAAUACACCCUGAACAAUGCCAUUGGCACUUGCAAGAAGCCCUAUGUGGCACUUAUUGAUGGCAUUACAAUGGGAGGGGGAGUUGGUGUCUCAGUCCAUGGACGUUUCAGAGUUGCUACAGAAAAGACACUUUUCGCAAUGCCAGAAACAGCAAUAGGCCUUUUUCCUGAUGUAGGUGGAGGAUAUUUCUUGCCAAGACUACCAGGAAAGAUUGGCUAUUACCUUGCACUAACAGGCUUUAGGCUGAAAGGAAGAGACGUAGUAAAAGCUGGCAUUGCAACACACUUUGUAGAGUCUGAAAAGUUACCUGCCUUGGAGAAAGACCUGAUAUCACUGAAAUCUCCUUCAAUAGAAAAUAUUGCAGACUUACUGAACUCUUACCAUGUGAAGAGCAAAGUUGAUCAGGAAAAGCAGUUUGUCCUUGAUGAACAUAUGGAGAAGAUUAACAGUCUUUUUUCAGCAAAUAGCAUGGAAGAAAUGGUUGAAAAGUUAAAGCAAGAUGGUUCUCCUUUUGCCAUUAAGCAGCUAGAGACUAUUAAUAAGAUGUCACCUACGUCCUUAAAACUGACUCUCAGACAGCUCAGAGAAGGAGCUUCCAUGAGCUUACAAGAGGUACUGACAAUGGAAUACAGACUGAGCCAAGCGUGCAUGAGAGUGAAUGACUUCUAUGAAGGGGUUCGAGCAGUGCUGAUUGACAAAGACCAGUCCCCCAGAUGGAAACCAGCUGCUCUAGAAGAAGUCAGUGAUGAAUUUGUGGACAGUUGUUUUAAGCCACUGGGAAACAACGAUCUCAAGUUGUAA